AUGCUUCACAUUAUAAAACAUCUUUAUAUGAUAAAUAAGACAGCAAAUACUUCAAAUAAAAGAAUAGCAAAAACGAAGCUUGUAAUAGUAGGUGCAGGCAUUGCAGGAUUAGCAGCUGCGAAAACAUUAGAGGAUGCAAAUUUCAAAGAUUAUUUAUUAAUCGAAGCCCAAAGCGAAGUCGGUGGUCGAAUUCAGUCUAUACCAUGGAAUAAAGGUUGGAUAGAAUGUGGUGCACAAUUUGUACACGGUGAUAAAAGUCAAUUAGCACAAUUAUGUUAUAAACAUGAUUUGCUCUCAGACGUACAAUGCAAAGAUGGUCAAGGAAUUUUUAUUCGCGACAAUGGUUGUAAAGUAGAUGAAACUUUGAUAGAAGAGAUAGACGAUCUUAUUCGUAAUACAUUGGAAGAUUGCGAAGAUUAUGAAAAUAAGGAUAUCAAAAUAGAGUAUGAAAAUAUUGGUGAAGUUUUAAGGAAUUCUCUCAAUAAACAUUUACUUCAAAAAAAUGAUUCAGUAGCAAUAAAAACCAUAAAAAAAGAAAUUUUCGAUUGGAAUGUUAGAUUCCUCGUAAUAGAUAAUGCAUGUUUCACGAUUGAUGAAUUAUCUACAAAAUAUUGGGGAAAAUUUAAGUUUGUUGGUGGUCCAGAACAUCUUUCGUUUAAAUCCUGA